UUCAGUCCGCUUGGUUUCGUGGUUGAUAUCGCCUGCACUCUGAAAGUGUCAAAGGGCCCCUAGCCAGGAAGCCAUCGAAGAAGAGAAAGAAGAAAGAGCCUACCAGCUAACAUGGCAAAGAAGACUCCAAAAUCCAAGAAACGUCGCUCUUGUUCAGCUUCCUCUGCCUCUUCUAACGCCAUCAGAAAAAUCUCCGAGGGUGGUGAUAACGAGAAGAGACCAAAGUCAGCAAUGAAGCCGACGAGGAGGCCAAAGAAGAAAAGUGUGAAAAUUGAUGCUAAAAGGCCUAAGAAACCCCCGACUGCCUUCUUCUUCUUCCUGGAGGAUUUUCGUAAGGAUUUUCAAGAACAGAACCCAGAUGUAAAGUCAAUGCGUGAUAUUGGGAAGGCAUGUGGUGAGAAGUGGAAAACAAUGACUUAUGAGGAUAAGGUUAAAUAUUAUGAUAUCGCAAUGGAGAAAAGAGCCGAGUUUGAUAAAGCCAUGGCAGACUAUAUUAAGAAAAGGGAAAAUGGUGAAAAUGAAGAAAUUGAGGAUGACUCUGAGUUUGAUGAGUGAGAUUCUAGGAUUGUAGUAUUAGAUAAUCAUUGUUUCAGUAGGAGUAGGAGGUACAUGAGGGUAAAAAUUGUAUAUCAACUUGUGAGCCACUUUGGUCUUCUCUUUAUUAAAGUUGCCUGUAUCAUCCGUGUAAUUGUGUAAAUUACUACUAGGCAAUUGCAUCUAGGUGAUUACCGGGCAGAUUUGACGACUAAUAUGCAUUAAAGUUAAGUGAAUGUGAAAAAUAUAGUUUCUAUUGAGAAUUUUUAUUA